CUCCGGUCUGAGUUGUCCCAUUUUUCUAAUCAGGUGCAGCAACAGUGACAUUUUGGUCUUGUCUCUAAAUUCGCAAUGGGAUGACGAUAUACUCGAUCUCAACAGUAAGAAUGUAAAUCCUCACAAAAAUGUUCACUAUUCACAGCUGACAUGACGUUUUUUGCGUAUUGAAUAAAGCUAGAUAGUAGCGUGUUUCCCCUCACGCAUCUUCGUUCGUCUUCGUAUGUUUCCGUGAUGUCCGAGUGCCUCUCCCGUAUUCCGUUCUUCUCCGUGUAUUCCCGGUGGCCUUUGCUUCCGAAGUUCAGUUCGUGUGUUCCCAGAAUCCGGCUUUUUCGGUCCGCCGGAGUCUCGCCUGGUGGUGCAAACUGCUCUCAGUGGAAGAUGGCGGUGGGGAUGGAGUCUAGGAUGAGAGAGGAUCGGUGGUAAAUUUAGCUCACUGAAAGUAAAAUAUGUUUAAUUUUCUGUUUCAAGUGGCCUGGAAUGGAUCUUGGGAAUAUAUUGUUUGCAUCUACGCCCGAUAACUGACUUGGAGCUAAAGCACUUGGGGACUCACACUAUCAUUUUUCCUAAGUCCAAUGUAACAGUCUAGUGGAGGAAAAAAAAGUGGAUGAAAAUGUCGGAUAGUAAGGUAAAAGUUGCUGUAAGAGUCCGGCCAAUGAACCGGAGAGAAAUUGAGCUGAACACGAAAUGUGUUGUGGAAAUGGAAGACAACCAAACCGUCCUGCACCCACCGCCUUCAAACUCGAAAGGGGAGAACAGAAAACCUCCCAAGGUGUUUGCCUUUGACUAUUGCUUUUGGUCCAUGGAUGAAUCAAAUGUUACAAAAUAUGCAGGUCAAGAAGUAGUAUUUAAGUGCCUUGGAGAGGGAAUACUUGACAAUGCAUUUCAAGGCUACAAUGCCUGCAUCUUUGCCUAUGGGCAAACAGGUUCAGGCAAGUCCUUCUCUAUGAUGGGCAAUGGAGACCAGCCAGGCCUUAUUCCCCGUCUCUGUUGCUCUUUGUUUGAAAGGGUUUCAGAGCAAGACAGCGAAUCACACACGUUCAAAGUGGAGGUUUCCUAUAUGGAAAUCUACAACGAAAAAGUGAGAGAUCUGCUGGAUCCUAAAGGAAGCAGGCAGUCCCUCAAGGUUCGAGAGCACAAGGUGUUUGGCCCCUAUGUGGAUGGAUUGUCGCAGCUCGCCGUCACCAAUUUUGAAGACAUUGAGUCGUUAAUGUCAGAAGGCAACAAAUCUAGAACAGUGGCUGCAACCAACAUGAAUGAAGAAAGCAGCCGCUCCCAUGCAGUGUUCAGUAUUAUAAUAACCCAGACGCUCUAUGACCUGCAGUCUGGGAACUCCGGAGAAAAGGUGAGCAAAGUCAGCCUGGUGGACUUGGCUGGGAGUGAAAGAGUAUCCAAGACCGGAGCAGCUGGAGAAAGACUGAAGGAAGGAAGCAAUAUAAACAAGUCUCUCACCACUCUGGGAUGCGUCAUCUCCGCAUUAGCAGACCAGUCGGCAGGAAAAGGGAAGAACAAGUUUGUGCCUUACAGAGACUCUGUACUCACCUGGCUCCUGAAGGACAACUUGGGGGGGAACAGCAAGACGGCCAUGAUAGCGACCGUGAGCCCUGCUGCAGACAACUACGAGGAGACGCUCUCCACCCUGCGGUACGCAGACCGGGCGAAGAGGAUUGUUAACCAUGCCAUAGUGAACGAGGACCCCAACGCCAGGAUCAUCAGGGAGCUCCGGGAAGAGGUGGAGAAACUGAGGGAGCAGCUGUCACAGGCCGAGUCUAUGAAGGCCCCAGAACUAAAAGAGAAGCUGGAGGAGUCAGAAAAACUCAUCAAAGAAAUGACUGUGACCUGGGAAGAGAAGCUUCGGAAGACAGAGGAAAUUGCACAGGAGAGACAAAAACAGCUGGAGAGCAUGGGCAUUUCCCUAGAGUCAUCAGGGAUCAAGGUCGGAGAGGAUAAGUGUUUUCUGGUCAACCUGAACGCUGAUCCUGCCCUGAAUGAGCUGCUGGUUUAUUAUUUAAAGGAAUACACCAGAGUGGGAGCUGACACAUCUCAGGAUAUCCAGUUAUUUGGGAUCGGAAUUCAGCCAGAACACUCUUUUAUACAGAUUGCAGCGGAUGGAGACGUGACUCUCACCCCAAUUGAAAAUGCCAGAACCUGUGUGAAUGGCACCAUGAUAGACUCUGAAGUUCACCUGUGGCACGGAGACCGCAUCCUCUGGGGCAAUAAUCACUUCUUCAGGAUCAACCUCCCAAAGAGGAAGAGGAGAGACCGGUUGAAGGAGAUUGAGAGAGAGUCCAUGAAGGAUUCCUUCUCCGAUCAUGAUGUGGAGACAGCCAGCGAAGCCUCUUCCGAGCAGGACUACAACUAUGAGUUUGCACAGAUGGAAGUCAUGAUGAAAACCCUGAGCAGCAACGACCCCAUGCAGGACGUGGUGCAGGUGCUGGAGAAGCAGUACCUGGAGGAGAAGCGCACGGCCCUGGAGGAGCAGCGGCUGAUGUACGAGCGGGAGCUGGAGCAGCUCCGGCAGCAGCUGUCCCCCGAGCGCCAGCGCCGCAGCAGCACGGACCGCCUGGCCUUCGCCACGCCCACCGCGCAGCAGAAAGUCAAGCUGUGGUCAGAGGAGCGAUUCUUGGAGUGUCUUUUCCAUGAUGUCAAGCUGCAAUACGCAGUUCCUAUUAUCAGUCAGCAGGGGGAGGUAGCAGGCAGGUUACACGUGGAGCUGAUGCGGGUGAGCGGGGCUGUUCCCGAGAGGCUUGUCGGGGGAGACGACUCUUCCGAGAACUCUAGCGAGAGUGGGAGCUACGAAAUUAUGGACAAUCAUGGAGAAAUUGUCCACAUGGCCAAGAAACUCACAUGCAGGGUAAAGAUCAAAGAAGCCACAGGUCUGCCGCUGAACCUGUCCAACUUCGUGUUCUGUCAGUACACCUUCUGGGACCAGUCUGAGCCCACAGUGGCCCCUCCAAUGGUGAACCCUGACAAGCCCUCUCCUAAAAACAAAGACGUUCAGUUCACUGUGAAAUUCGAACACUGCAAGGACUAUGUGGUUCACGUGACAGAAGAGUUCCUGGAGUUCAUGUCAGAGGGGGCUCUUGCCAUCGAGGUGUGGGGUCACCGAUGUGCGGGGAACGGCAGGUCUCUUUGGGAGCUGGACGCCAUGCAGGCCAAAACACGUACUCUCAGAGACAGAUGGAGCGAGGUGUCCCGGAGGAUUGAGAUGUGGGUGUCCAUCCAGGAGCUCAAUGAGCUGGGGGAGUACACCGCUGUGGAGCUGCACCAGGCCAAAGACGUCAACACAGGGGGCAUCUUUCAGCUCCGCCAGGGUCACUCUCGGAGGCUCCAGGUGGCGGUGAAGCCGGUGCAGCAGUCCGGGACUUUACCCCUCAUUGUGGAGGCCAUCUUGUCUGUGUCCAUCGGCUGUGUGUCCGCUCGCUCGGUCAGGCUGCAGCGUGCCUUGGACAGCUACCAGAAGGAGGAUGAUGCUGAUAUGGAUAGUUACCAGGAGGAAGACUUGAACUGCGUCCGAGACCGGUGGUCAGAAGCUUUGAUUAAACGCAGAGAAUACCUCGAUGAGCAAAUUAAAAAAAUAAUCAAUAAGCAAGAGAAGGCCGAGGACGACAUGGAGAGAGAAGCUCGGCUGGUGGAGCAGUGGGUGCGGCUGACGGAGGAGCAGAACGCCGUGCUGGUGCCCACGCCCGGCAGCGGCAUCCCAGGAGCACCGGCGCACUGGACCCCGUCUGCAGGAAUGGAAGCUCAUAUCCCAGUUCUCUUUCUGGACUUGAAUGCGGACGACCUGACCGUGAAUGAGCAGCUGACAGGGCCUCACGCAUCGGGGGUCAACUCCAUUCUGCCAAAGGAGCACGGUAGCCAGUUCUUCUAUCUGCCCAUCAUCAGGCACAGCAACGAGGAGGUGUUAGCGGUUUGCUCCUGGGACUCGUCCAUUCAUGACUCAGUCCAUCUAAACAGAAUUACUCCACCGAACGAACGGAUAUAUCUGAUAGUAAAAGCAACUGUUCAGCUCAGUCACCCUGCUCCUAUGGAGUUAGUCAUAAGGAAGAGGAUUGCUGUCAACAUUUAUAACAAGCAGAGUUUUACCCAGAGUCUGAAAAGAAGAAUGUCUUUGAAGAAUGUUCUCUAUUCCUGUGGUGUCACUUAUGAAAUUGUGUCUAACAUACCGAAGGCCUCAGAGGAGACGGAGGACCGGGAGACGCUGGCUCUGAUGGCGGCACGAGGAGAGAGCGAGGGCUCGGCAGACGGAGAGACCUACAUCGAAAAGUACACGCGCGGCGUGCUGGAGGUGGAGAACAUCCUGAGCCUGGAGCGCCUCAGACAGGCUGUCACAGUCAAAGAAGCACUGUCUGCAAAAGGAAGGCACAUCCGGAGGAGCAUCAGCACACCCAACGUGCAGCACGUGUCCUGUGGGAGAUCUGACCUCACUGAGGAUGAUGACUUUAAGGGCCACUCAGAAAGCCAUCUGGAUAUUUCAGACUGCUUGUCCAGUUAUCAGGACAUAUCUCUUUAUGGAACUCUCCCCAAGGACUCACCCCUCAAAAGUAAAGAAAAUCACGGUUGUGUACCAGAAGCUCCCCUUUUCUUUAAUGCAAGUCCGUUUAAAGCAUUAUCACCUCAGCCACCCAAAUUCCUAAAGUCGUUAAUGCCUGUCAAAGAAGAGCACAAAGUAAAGCAUUCCCUGGAAUCAAGACCUCUCCUUGGACAAGAGAGCAUGCCUCCAUCUCAGGAUAGUUCUAAGCUGGCUCACAGCCCUGACAGUGUUGUGUCCUCAGGAUGUAUUGCCAGCAGCAUGCAACUAGAUCACUAUAACACACAAGGAGCUAAGAUUGAUUCUGAAGAAGACGAUACUGAUUCGGACAGCGUGAGUAAGCCCGGUGUGGGCUCUCAUGGUCUCCAGAGUUUACAGCCUUACAUUCCUGAAGAAUUUGCAGACUUUGAUGUUUACAAUGCCAGCCUGGAGAGCAGGGACUUGUUUUCUUCCAAAUCUGAGCUGACCAGCUGUCGAGUUUUAGAAAAAGAAGUCUCCCGCAGCCCCACUGCCAGUAGCAUGACCAGCGGCUACUUCUCCCACAGUGCCUCUAACGCCACUCUGUCUGAUGUGCUCUUCGCUGGCAGUGACAGUACUGACCAGCUGGCCAAUCAGAACAGAGACACUGAGUCCUGUGACCCCUCACAUCUGGAGAGGAGGCUCUCCUUCAGCCCGGACCAGCUGGAGCACGUUGAGGAAGCCCCACAACAUGCAGCAAAAUAUUCAGUUGAAACUAAAAGUGCCUUUGAAAAUGAGUCAUUUGCAUGCAAGGAGGUUGCUGAACCCAAAAGUAGGACUCCCUCCAGAACUGCAACCAUUUUCUCCUCAUGCUCGCUAAAUUGUCAGGACAGUAGAUCAGCCUCUGCAACACAAGCUUCUGAUGUUGUGCCAGAUUCAUCAUCGAACGAAAAUGCUCUGUGUCUCUCCAGUCAAGAGUUUACAGACUUCAAAGGCGCAGAUGAUGAGAAGGACAUUGGGCAGUUUAUUGACGAGCAGUGUGAAGAAAAAGGCUUUUUGGCAGGUCAGAAAGAACUGGAUCAAAUCUCUAAGUGUGGUGCUAUUAACCAAAUCCAUAGCCCAAUGCAAAAUGGCCGACAGUCACUGUGUGCCCCUGUCGAGGCCUUGCAGAGCACACAAAGGAUGACCGAUUACAUGUGCCUGACAAACUCGAGUGAAGAACUGACUGCUGGGGUGUCUGUGGAAUCGGGUGGAGACUCUACCCCUCCAGCUACAGACACAUCCAUGAACAAGAAUCAUAUGGACUCCUCAAGCAGUGAUGAGGGUCCUCCUUUAAGACACUCUCCUGAGUGGAUGGCACCAGGCGAACAUGUGUGUAUUGGAAAUAAAACUGGGACUAUUCACUAUGUUGGUGCUGUGGAUUUUGCAGAGGGAGUCUGGGUUGGAGUGGAGCUUGACCUUCCAGCUGGCAAACACGACGGCACUGUCCAUGGGCGGGAGUAUUUCCGCUGCCUCCCGGGACACGGCGUGUUUGUGAAGCCCACCCGCCUCUCUCCAGCCCCCCACAAGGUCAAAGCGCAGGACAGCGUACCCAGGUCCCAGUCGGCCGCCAGCACCAGCAGGAAACGGAGAGGCGUCGCCACCCCCCCGAAGACGCAAGAACACCGCCGCUCGUGGGUCAGCUGAUCCUCGGCUUUUGCUCUUGCUACGCGACCUGCUGCGUAGAGAAACAGUGUUUGGUUGUGUAUAUUGGAACCUGAUUUGUAUAUUCGGAAAGGUGACUGAAUGGUUUCUGCUGGGUCGUGACUUUGUCCUUUUAUUAGACACCAGCUAACAGCUAGUAGUUGGUGCACAUUAUACAGAUACACAUGUACUUAGUUUAAAGCCCACAUUUUAUAACUUUGACAUGCUGUAUUAAUUCUGAAUUACUUCAUUGGAGACGCCUAUUCACUCAGACAAGCUUACCUCCUGAGAGAAUGUGGGUUUUCUGUUAGAAACUAGACCACUGUUAAAAUUGUCUGUUUUCCUAACUCCUUGUCUGUAUGAUUUUAAAUGUUGUGAAUUGCCAAAGAACCCAUUAUAUCUGCUGUCCAUACCCUAGUUUGUUUGUUUUUUUAAAGGGAAAGCUCUGUGCCAUAUUUCCCUUGAUGGCUAGGUAUUGUAAUGCCUUUUGCUUCUCUGUGUUUCACAAAACACUCUUCCAUGACGUCUGUCUUCCAAAAGGCCCCUACUGUGUUGACUAGGUUUUUACUGGAAUCCGUACAAACUCAAUCACCAUGCAUCAUCCAGUGCCUCAAGGCAUUUAAAACACUAACAUUCAAGUCUGUCUGCCAGGUAGAUACAGGACUGAGAAAAGUGUUACUGCUACAAAGAGAGCUUCAGUUUUGUUGUGUUUUGGAACAAGUACAAUUUCCAUUAUGUAAUGGUACUUAGACUCUCCUAAUUUAAACUUUUAUGUGGAAUGGUAGGGUUGGACAAUGAUGGGGAAACAAAAAAAAUGUAUGUAUCAUAGUUUUAUAUACUUGGAUGAUAGUGGGUCUUGUGUGCUCUGCUUGAAAAGUAUUGCUAAAAGUAUUUUUAAACAGAUUUCAUCACGAGGAGCUGCAAAAACAAACGGUCUACUGUAAUUUCAAGUAAAAACCCAGGACCUUAUUUUAAAAAAGCUGCUCUCCCCGAAUCGAUGGUGUAAAUAGCCCCCUGUUUGGACAUAGUGUUUACUACACUGUACUGUACAGAAUUGUAAUUUAUAUUGUAUUUCACCAACUCUAUUUAAUUGGUACAGAAGUGUUUUAGAAUACAGAAUGUUUACAAUGUAAA